CGUAAUUGUGCAUUGAUUGGCGGAUCUUACAAUUCAGUAGUAAACUUAAAACUGUGCAGUUGAUUGAAUAUAUGGAUUGUGAGAUAAGAGCUCGGAAGUGUCGGAAUAAAGCACUCCUAAAGCAAGAACUGUGAGAACAUUACCCUAAGUGAGGGCUUCCUUUUCAUGACGAAAACUUUAAUAAAAGUUAACUGAAACAUUAGUAAAGCAACUGUGAGGAUUAAAGAAACUGGAGCCUUACCAAUCCAGAUGGCUGAUGCGAGAGAACCAAUGUUGGAACAUGGAAAUGAAGAGAAUAUUGAACUACCAACGAUCCAACCUUCUAGAACAGACGAAAGUCAUGCUGCAGGUACUAACUGCGUUUUAGAUUGUGUGCAGCGGAGUCCAGUAAAUAUAGACGAAUUGAAAAGGCUGGUCAAGUCAUCUGAUGCAAAUGUGAAUUUCUGCAGCAAUGAAGAUGGGAAAACGGCAUUGCAUUUGGCUGUCUUGAACAAAGAAGCGAAUGUCGUCUAUGUGUUGCUCGAAGCUGGUGCUGAAAUCAAACAAGACAUCUCCGGAAAUACUGCAUUACAUUACGCAGUUCAAAGUGGGUCGUCACAAGCCUUUGAUAUAUUUAAACGUCUACUUCCACCACGGAAGACACUGGAAAAACAAUGUGGCGAUGGGGAUGUUUACUUAACCUCAACGAGUGGCAAGCAUGAUACCCAAACGAAGAGUGAAAACUGGAUAUACAAGGCUACAUCAGUUAAUAAAAACGGCUUAAAUGUUUUAGACCUUGCAUUAGAGGAUUUGACGUACGAGAAAAGGAAAAUAGUUGAGUAUAUAGUUCGGGAAACCGAUCUCUACUGCUUGCUCAGACUGCUUCGGAACAAUACUAAAGGGAAUUUCAGUUCACCCUUUCGACGACUUAUUGAAAAGAUGCCAGAGAUUGCAAAGGAGGUUAUGGAUAAAUGUAUAACAAGCAAAUGGAAUAAGAUAACUUUCCAUUAUGAACUCUUGGACGACACUUUUUUUCUGAAAUACUGGCCACCAGACCGUGAUGAUUACCUGCUUAGAUGGGAACACAAACGGCUGAAAGAUAUCGGGACAUGUGAAGAAUACACACAUAGUAUGGAGAAGAUGAAAAACAAUCACCCUCUCAAGCUUAUGAUAAAAGGCAAAAGGACAGAUACAGCAAAUGAUGGAAUUUACCAACAACUUUUGGAUCAUUCCCUUGUGAAAGCGCUAGUAAGGCGUAAAUGGAAUCAUAUUGGUAUAAAAUUCCAUAUUAUGAAUUUUGCCUUGUAUUUGAUCUAUCUGGCUGUUCUCACUGCGUGUGUGAGUACCACUGUUCCGCCGUACAUACAUUCUCGGAACACUACUGUUUGCCAAAAUGUCAUAUUAUGCCAGAAAGACACCUCAUGUCAAAACGGAAAAGCGUGCAAAAACACAACAAUAUGCAAUGAAACAACGACUUGCUUGAAUAAAACCGCUGCUGAAGCUGUUGUUACCAAAAUGACAUGUUAUUCCUUUGACAGUCACAGCAACUCAAUGAUUGUAGAUAUGCAAUACCUUGUGAUAGCCUUAUCCCUAAUAAUGAUAUUAAUAGAGGUAAAAUUCCUUUGACUUUUGCAAGCUGGUGUUAUAUCAAAUAUCAUAUUCAAGCCUUCGUUUUAAAUUACAUUUAACUGAAACA